UCUGUCUUUUGACAGAUCGAUUUUGAGUGCGGCCUCCAGGCUGAUUUAAUUGAUAAUAAUAAUACUGACGGAUUGGAUGGGACAGAAUACGUUUUAAGUGCGACGAAAUAUGUCUGGUAUUGGUGGUGGUGAUUUAAAACCUGUACUUCCGAAAAGUGGACAGCUGAUUAUAGAGGAUGUUGAUGAUCUGGUGCUGUGCAAGCCAAGAUUGAUCCCACUGAAGAGUUUCACAUUGGAGAAAUUGGAGAAGAUGCAACGCGACGCCUACCAGACUGCCGAGAAAUUAUCAAAUCAAGAAGCUAAGCACUAAGAAUAAACUCAAA